AAUUUGCCUAUCUAAGAAAUCCAAGGAUAUUUAUCAGCCUGCAACAGUUGCUUAAGUGUGUGUCAUAAUUGGUUGCCAAGGAAGUUGUCAUAGGUCAUGGAGGGAAAUGGUCCCCAGUCACCUUCAUCCCUUUGAGCAUGUUUUAUUUCCUAAGCAAGCAGCUGUCAUGGGAGACCUUUUGUCUUUAUUUUGGGAGGUGGACCCUCCUCCCAUACCUCUCAGUUUUACCAUUCCCAGUCAGGAGGCUGAGUGCCUGAAAGAUGACUCUUGUGGGACAGUAGGAAGCUUCCUGCUUUGGUACCUCAUCAUCAUCCUGACCCUCAUGUUCUUCUCUCGGGCUUCUCUCUGGAUGUCUGAGAACAGAAGGGACGAGGACAGUGGGACGAGUGCUUCCGUAAGUAAAGCAAGCAAAGAAACAUCCUAUAAGCGACAAAGUAAAGAUGAAUUCUGGGACUCUUUGGUGAAGAAACCAAAACAGAAUCAACUUUCCACAGUAACUGACUCAGAAGUGGCUUUGGUCAGUGCCUACCUUGAACAAAGACGAGCCGGGCGCCAUUCCCAGCUCCACCAGGUGAAUCAGGCCCAGCAAGACAGUGAUACCACUGAGUGUGACAGUGAAGAAUCUAACUCUGGAGCCUCCUCUUGGAAGGAGAGUGAAAGUGAGCACCAUCUCUCAUCUGCCAGCAUUAAGAGGAGAAAAUCAGUGUCAAGGCAAAGGGACAUGGGAAACUACCAAAUCAGAGAAAGGCCCUGCCUCCACUGCAAAGCCAUGAGAACCAAUGAAUGGUUGACACGUCACUUCCCACCAAGCAGUUCUGUAACAACCUCCACAAAGGGAGAGAUUCAAGAGGAGGAUUUGACACCUGCUAUCAACACAAAACUAAGUAAAUUUUGAAUUUUGGCAUCCUUACUUUACUUGAAGUCAAAAGGAGAUGAAUAAAACACAAAAACCAGAGCUGUUGGUGAGGAAACAUUUACAAUAAAGCUUCUUUACUAACAACAGAAGUAUAACUGGAACCCAAGAGGUCAAAUUUCAGACAAAUUAGUUGUUCAAAACAAGGGCAGAGAAUUUGUCCACAACACCAUGGGAACACAGAAGACCUGUAUCUUCUAUGAUCUUUUUUAAAAGUCAAAAGAUCCCAGGGCAGAUAGUCCAUACCUCAGGUGUAUGUAUUUUGUUUAUGAUACAAAUACGAAAGCUCUUUGAAAAUACAUUUAUGUGGAGAAACCAUUUAAAUCUAUUCAUGUUAU